AUGACUUCGAAUGAGGAUAUCAUCUAUUGGGCAAAUGCAAUGGGCAGACAUGAUGCUGUCUCACAGUUGCCAUAUGGUGAAGCAUCUAGAACCACCACAGAGCGGCAAGACAUCGCUGCGAUGGUCAUUAGUAUUGAAAAGUUCUCAUUUUUCCCCUUCGUCUUGACUGUGGAUACCAAAUAA